UCGUCCUCGCGGCGGUCGAGCAAAGAAAUCCGGCGGCUCUCCGACAUGCGAGUUAUCAUUCAUGAGCGGACAAGUGACAGCGAGGAUUUAAUUCUCGCGGCGGUCGAGCAAGAUGAGAAUGCGUAAGACCGGGCCACGAGCCCGAUUCAAGCCACGUGAAUAAAUGCUGGCGGACUUGUAGACAAGCAGGCAACAAAAAAAAGUUUCGGUAUGCGAGUGAAGAGCUGAGAAAUGGCCGCGUCCGCGAAGUCGUUUUUGCAGCGCUAAAGAAAAUUGGGGGUGGACACUCUCGAGUAUGUGGGAAGUGAGCAACUGCCGAGGUGACGGAGGUGGUUGCUUGUGUGUGGAAGAGGAGGAGGAGACCGAGGUGGAAGGUGAAACUAAUCACAAGGGAAGCUCCUGAAUUUGGAAUAGACUGAAAGAAGUGAAUAUGUUAUAAAGCAGCAUUGUUAAUAAAGUAUCUUAGGUUCAUACAAGGACUGCUCUGCGUUGCAUGCUUUUUAUGAUGCGUUGUUGCGUACUUUGAUACCUAAAUGAAGUCAAAUCAUCCUGAUCCUUAUAAUCUCCAAAAUCAAAAAUCAACAGUCAGGGCUAAAGAAGGCAAGACCGAUGUCUCGAAGGUUGUCCCAAAUAAGCGCCAGCGUUAAAUACAGAAGUAAAUCUAAGCGAAUAAAAAUUAAGAGAGCAGCAAAUGGCCAGUUAUUAUAAUAAAAGGGCGGCUAUGUAUAUUUUCCUUUGGUUUUCAGUCGCUGCGUCACGAAGCAUCUUAAGCUUUGCGUCGCGCUAGGUCUUUCGAUUGGAGUGCUUGCGGGAUGUGUGGCGUUUGAUCUCCCGCAUCUGGGUCCGCCGUAGUGCAUAAAUUUGGGCCCGGCGCAUUCUCCUCGUCCGCAGCCUGAUCGCCAGCCUCUUGCUGUGCUUUCUUGAUGAUCGCACUAGUUUGCCACGGGCAUAAUAUCUGAUAAGAUCGCGAACCCGAACAUAGAGAAGGCUUACGAUUUUAAAGAAGCAAUGCCUGUGCGUUGUGCCACGUCUGAAGAGCCUGCCCUGGUUGUAAGUUCGGGCACUCAUAUCUGCGUCUGUGUUCCGACAUUUUAGGUAGACUCUGCCGCGAUGACACUUGACUAAACAAGUGGAGUCAUAGCUUUUAAAAGCCUGCCGGCCGCGCCGUUAAAGAUGGGCACAAGAGACAGCGUAGGCGGGAGAAAGUGCCGCACUUCGAGACGUGUAGAGGAGAGCUGCACUUAUUGUAAUGUCCGACUGUAAUACAGUGCGCGCUCCCUCCUUUUUAUGUCAGGAACCAUGUAACCUUCAUCCUCACUCUUCAUCCACAACCGUCGACGGUCGGAUCAGGGCACGUGGAGCCAUCGUGAAGUGCGUCCUACAGAAAAAUCUUGCGUUCCAGUCAUCAAAAAUGUUGAAGUUCGUCAGUUUAAUAUCUAAGUAGACAAACCAGAGAGUCAGAUUAGAUAUCAUCAAUCUAGACAAAGCAGAGAGAGAGAGAGUCAUUGACCUACUCCUACACCCUAAGAUGAGAGAGCUUGUUGACCCUGAGAGCAUCUAAAACGCAAGUCGGACGUCGUGCCGAUGAAAAUGGGCCACUUAUAAACGACAUGGAAAUUAUACACUGCGUCAAAAUUAGUGUUGAGAGCAUCAGAGCAAGCUACCACCUCCUUAUAAUCUUCUAUGGUAAAUUAAUGUGGGGAAAAUUAUACUAAGUAGAUCAACAUGCCUACCUCGCCUCCGUCUCUCGAAGUCGAGAACGACCCUGUCAAGGGUGCGAAUCUUAUCUCAGCGGCUCAGCAAUCUAAAGCAGAUGGCAACGAUGCGUACGGAAGAGGCGAGUUUACGAUUGCUGUGAAGCUGUGGACUGUGGCCUUGCGCAGUGUGGUGGAUGCUGGGAGGUUUGUUUACGGAGAAAAAGCAUGAUAAGCUGUACUAUCUAGCGCGGGUAGUUCUUGUCGUCUGAUUCUUUCACAGUAAGCCUGAAUGGUUCUGGUAUUUUUGGUAUAGCCUGAGUUUGAUCCUAAGGGAAAACAAGAAGAGAACCCUUUUUAGGAUCAAAUUGAGGCUAUACCAAAAAUACCAAAACCAUACAAAGCCUAAGUGCAGAUCUUCAACAGGUGGAAAGAUCAACAGAGAUCUGAAUGUGACGUCGAGUGAAUCUUCGUCCACGUCGUUCCUACGUACAACUAGACCUUCAUUCUUCUUUCUCGAUUCUUCUUCUUUCAUUUGAAACUGUAAUAUAUUUCGUUUUAUUCUAUAGCACUCGUGGUCCUGUAGUAAUAAAUUUCUAUAGCACUCGUCUGUCUCUAAUUUCUUUCAUAUUCAGCACUCUUCUUUCAUUUCCCUGUAAUAAAUUUUUAUAGCACGACUCAUCGUCGUCUGUCUCUAAUUUCUGCUCCUCGACAAAGGAGUUCAAGAUCUCGAACGAACGCUGUACCUGAAUUUGGCACAAGGCCAGCUGAGGUGUCAAAACUGGACUGCGGCAGAGCGAGCUUGUGACGUAGUUCUGCGCGAAGAUCCCAAAAACGAGAAGGCUUUAUUCCGUCUGGGAGAAGCACAGCUUCACAGUGGAGCGCCAGUUGAGGAAUUUCAGAAGACUGUUGGGCGUUUGAAUGACCUAGGGAGGGCAAGCAACGGCGAGGGACGAGACUGUCCCUCGGGGCAAGAAGAAGAUGUUAUUAACUUAAGGGUAGAAUAGGCAAUAUAUAAAGGUGUUGUUCCUGCUACCGUUUGUUUUGCCUCUCGUCCUAAGGGAAAAAGGCAGAACAAACGGGAAACAGAAACACACCAACGCCCUACAGCCUCUCUAGUUCUUGAUGUUGGAGCCAUUGGCUUGGCCUCUUCCGGCUCUUCUUCUAGCUCUUUAACUACAGCCAAAGCCCUUGCCGCGUCGCUUCUCGCCAAGUACAAUGAAAAGCAGCAGCGGUUGCAGAAGCAAAGACAGCAAAAUAAGCAGCAGAUGAAGAAGCUGGGGAAAAAGCUGAUCUCGGAUGUGUUGGACGGCAGUGCAGAAGCGUGUGACAAGGAUGGGUUACUAUGAAACGAAAAAGUGCACUCACACUCAAGAUUUAAGUAGGAAAGUAGGAUUUAAGUAGGAAAGUAGCCACUUUUUUUGAGUGUGAGUGCGCUUUUUUCUUUCAUAGUUACCUACGUUGUCCUAUUCUGAGGAGAGAGAAUGCAGUGCAACAGGUGCAGGUCUUCCAGCAGCAAGAACAUCUUCAGCUAUGCCUAGUAGCAUCCUUGGUGGAAUGAGUAGUAAUGCGGCAGCGUAUGGCCGUGUGAUGCCAGGAAGCGAAGACAUGGAGGACUUACAUGCACAGAUACGAGCACACAACAAGAGUAAACCGAGCAACAGUGCUGGAGGAGGAGGUACUUGGCGGGCAGGAGGGUACUACAACAUCGCAAGAACAACGUCUUCUAGUACAAUUAGUAGUGUGAACAAGAGUACUAAGAAAAAAACACAAACAGGAGAUGGUGGAACAUCAGAAGUAGAUGGCAGUACUAGAACUACAGAACAAGAAGACAAGAACUGUGAAGGAGAUGGCGCUGCUCCUCCUCUAGAGCUCGCGUCAGUGUUGCGACCAUUAGGAGCCACUAGAGUAGAAGAAGCUUGUCAUGCAGAUGAGUUCCCUGUAGAAGAACAAGACAAGGAAAAUGUAUAUGUAGCUGCACCAGGUGGAUGUCAACAAACUCAGAGUCGUCAAAAUUCAGUUGGUAUAGACGAUGAAAUACAAGACGGUCGUGACGACCUGAAUCAUCAAGGUGGCCGUGAACUACAAGAAGAGGGUAUUCAAAGCAUUGCCCGUGCGCUAGAACAAGCACGUCGAUAUCAGCAUUUCUCGAUUAAAUCCAAAUCGAGUCUGGAAAACAAAGUGCAACGUGGUGCGAAGUUGUUCUAUUUGAGACAUCAGGCGAAGAAUCAAAUCGAAAAAGAUUGGGACAUGGCAAAAGCUGAAGUCGCGGCUGUGGCCGAAGAGCAGUUCAUAUUGGAGGACCACCACCAAAGCAGGAGAGUCGAUGAAGAGCAGUUCCUGUUGGAGGAGGGCGAGGGUGGUUUAGCAGUAGGGGGAGGUAUGGACAUGGAGAUGGAUGAUAUUGUGCUGGAUUAAGCUUUUUGUUUUCGCGGAAGAAGGAUCGCUCUGGCUCAUUGUUCUUUCUGGAACAAGAUCUCUGGGCCAGUACCUGCAAGCGACGUACAGCAGUGAUGUGGAGGAGGUUUUUUCACAUCAUUUACAUAUUUACAUUUUCUGUUAAUGUGGCUAGAAGUAUAAAUUCUUCUCAGAGAAAGGAAUCAUGGAGUUGUGCAUCAUCGAUGACGAUCGCCCUAAAGUCACAGCUUUCAAUCCAAUAGUUUCCGGCUUCCAAAGCAAUAAGGUCGUGGAGAGAGGUGGAGAAAAGAAGCAACUGAAAUGACUAAAACUGAAGCCCUGUUGAUACUCGCUUCGCCAUGACUAAGGAAGGUAGUAGAAGUUUCUACAGUCUGGCUGGUGCAUAUCCAACUGAGUUGUUC